AUGAAGUACAACCCGCGCGUGUCGAGCUCCCGGAGGAAGAGCCGGAAGGCUCACUUCACCGCGCCGUCGUCGGUGCGGCGUGUUCUGAUGAGCGCCCCCCUCUCGACGGACCUCCGCAACAAGUACAACGUCCGGUCGGUGCCGGUGCGCAAGGACGACGAGGUGCAGGUGGUGAGGGGAACCUACAAGGGCCGCGAGGGCAAGGUCGUCCAGGUCUACCGCCGCCGAUGGGUCAUCCACGUCGAGCGUAUCACCCGUGAGAAAGUCAAUGGCUCCACUGUCAACGUCGGUAUCAACCCCUCCAAGGUUAUCGUCACUAAGCUCAAGCUAGACAAGGAUCGCAAGGCCCUCCUCGAACGCAAGGCGAAGGGCCGGGCAACUGCCACCGACAAGGCCAAGGGUAAGUUCUCCGCUGAGGAUGUCGCCGCUGCUGGUGCAGGUGCUGCCGCCCCAUCCCUUGGCGAGAUCGAUUAA